UUUUCGUUCAGGAGUAAAGACUAGUCGACAUCUUUGAAAUCGAUCGUUUUCCCGUAUAUUCUAAGAUAAUUUCGACCCACUGCAUCAAUUUCAGAACCUUUAAGACUCAAGGGACCGGUGGCGUCAACCUGGACUUUGUCGUGUUUUGAGGGAAGCUUGUUUCUGUCUUUUUUUAAAGAUGGGCAGUCAGUACCAGCGCUCAGUACCUCUUGAGGUGAGGAGAGCAGAAGGAGAGAGAGUUCGGGCAAAGCAUCCUGACAAGAUACCGAUUAUUGUGGAGAGGUCCACGAGGUCACGGGCUCCUGAACUGGACAAGAAGAAAUACCUUGUGCCCUCCGACUUAACAGUGGGCCAGUUGUGCUUCCUGAUCCGUCAGCGCGUGUCUCUGAGACCGGAGGAAGCACUCUUCUUCUUCGUCAACAACUCCCUUCCCCCCUCCAGUUCCCCUCUCUCAGCUGUCUAUGAGGAGCACCACGAAGAGGACCUGUUCCUCUACCUGACCUACAGUAAUGAGAGUGUGUACGGUGCAUGAGGGAGGAAAAAAAGACUGGAGAUAAUUUGAGAGGAGACAAAGUGAGACCGUGAGGAUUAAAGGCUGUUUGUAAUGCAUCACACCACUAUUAUUCUCCAUAUUAGCUUUGAUAAGCAACUACAGUACGCGGUGGUAGAAAGGCUUUGCACAGGGGUCGCUAGUAGGGUUAACCUCCAUCAGUGUUUUUGGGUGAGCGUAAAGCAUUAAAGUACACUUCAAGUUAUGUUGAUUGCUUACUUGGUAAAAGAAGAAAGCGAAAGGACAAAGUAAUUGAAGUUAUCUUGGGAUCCCUCAUUAUCUUUCUCCGUCAUCUGUAUUUAAUGCAAAUAGUUUUUUUUUUUUUUUUUUUUGUAAAUUAAUACCAAAUUUUGUGGGAAAUAAAGAUGAGAAUGCAGAAUA